AAUAUUUUUUGUACAAAAAAGCUACCGGUAGGGUUUAGGGUUUUAGCUUUUCCGGUGCAAGCAAGAACUUCAACAAUCUGUCAAAAAAAAAAAAAAUCAAAUCUCCGAAUUUGCAAGUCCUUACACAAAAUCUUUCCCCCUUUCUCAAUUACAAGUCCAUGAUUCGCUGCAGAGUUUUAUGCCGGAGAAACCUCACUCUCCACCGCAAAAAUCCCACUUCUGCAGCACCAUUUUAUGCGCAUCACCGCAUUUCAGGCGAAAUUGUUGAAAAUAAGAAUCAAACAUUGUUCAGACCAAUGGCAAUAUAUCUUUUAUCCAGUUUGAUUGAUCGUAAUCACAAAACCCCUAAAUUUGUGCGAAGUUUCUGCUCCGGGAAGCCGAAUUCGGGUGAGUGGACUGAGGAGAUAGAGUAUUUAGAUGAGAAGGGUAGUGUUAUUUAUGCCGGUAAAGGCGUUCGCUCCGUCGAACCGGGUGUUGAUGAUCAUGUAAUGUCAGGUGGGGUUAAGAAGCCAUUUAUGAAUGCUUCAGCAGUAGCAAAACUUGUGGAGAUAGUGAAGAGGUGGAAAUGGGGGCCUGAGAUGGAAACCCAAUUGGACAAACUUCAAUUUGUACCUAACAUGACGCAGGUAAUUCAAGCAAUGAAGAUCAUCAACGAUGGCGAAAUGUCGGCGAGCUUGUUCCAAUGGUCAAAGAGACAACAAUGGUAUGUUCCCAAUGACGAAUGUUACUUAUUGUUGUUAGAUGGAUUGAAUAAAAGUAGAGAUUUUGAUAGGAUACAGACAUUGUUUGAUGAGAUGAUUCGUGAUUCUGUUGAUAAUGGUAGUUCUUCUUUUAGUGCAUAUAAUCGAGUUAUUCAAUAUCUAGCUAAGGCAGAGAAAUUAGAGGUGUCAUAUUGUUGUUUUAAGAAGAUUCAGGAAUCUGGUUGUAAGAUUGAGACACAAACCUAUAAUAAUUUGAUAACUUUGUUUCUGAACAAGGGGUUGCCUUAUAAGGCUGUUGAGGUGUAUGAGGGUAUGGAAGCAAGUGGAUGUUCAUUAGAUAAUUCAACCUAUGAGUUGAUGAUACCUAGCUUGGCACGAUCUGGUCGUCUUGAUGCUGCUCUUAAGCUUUUCCAAGAAAUGAAGGAGAGGAAGUUUCGUCCUAGCUUUUCUAUAUUUGCUUCGUUUGUUGAUUUGAUGGGGAAGGCGGGGAGGCUGGAUAUGUCAAUGAAGUUGUAUAUGGAAAUGCAGGGCUUUGGAUAUAGGCCAUCAGCCACUAUGUUUGUUUCUCUAAUAGAGUCUUAUGUCAAGGCUGGGAAAUUAGAAGCAGCUCUUCGCGUAUGGGAUGAAAUGAAAAACGCUGGUUUCAGGCCAAACUACGGACUUUACACGAUGGUUGUUGAAUCUCAUGCGAAAUCAGGAAAGCUUGAGAUUGCAAUGUCUGUUUUCCAGGAUAUGGAGAGAGCAGGGUUCCUGCCUACACCUUCUACCUACUCUUGUCUGUUGGAAAUGCAUGCUGCCUCUGGACAAGUGGAUCCUGCCAUGAAGUUGUAUAACUCAAUGACAAAUGCAGGUUUAAGACCAACACUCAGUACUUAUACAGCACUUUUGACCCUUGUAGCCAGUAAGAAGCUGGUGGAUGUGGCUGCUAAAAUUUUGCUUGAAAUGAAAUCCAUGGGAUAUCCUGCAGAUGUUAGUGCUAGUGAUGUUCUCAUGGUCUAUAUUAAAGAUGGGUCUGUAGGUCUUGCUUUGAGAUGGCUUAGGUUCAUGAGUUCAUCUGGAAUAAGGACUAAUAAUUUUAUCAUCAGACAGCUUUUUGAGUCGUGCAUGAAAAAUGGAUUGUAUGAUUCUGCAAAACCUCUUCUCGAAACAUACGUGAACUCAGCUGCAAAAGUUGAUCUGAUACUGUACACAUCAAUUCUAGCUCAUCUUGUCAGAUGUCAGGAUGAGCAGAGUGAGAAGCAUUUAAUGUCCAUUCUAAGUGCUACAAAGCAAAAGGCACAUGGCUUCAUGUGUGGCCUCUUCACUGGCCCAGAACAAAGGAAACAACCAGUUUUACUAUUUGUUCGGGAAUUUUUCCAAGGAAUUGAUUAUGAAUUGGAAGAAGGGGCUGCUAGGUAUUUUGUUAAUGUACUCCUCAAUUAUCUUGUUCUGAUGGGACAGAUAAAUCGUGCACGUUGUGUAUGGAAGGUCUCCUAUGAGAACAAGCUUUUCCCAAAGGCAAUUGUCUUUGACCAGCAUAUUGCCUGGUCCCUUGAUGUCAGAAACUUAUCAGUUGGAGCUGCCCUGAUUGCCGUCGUGCACACGCUUCACAGAUUUAGAAAGCGCAUGCUUUACUAUGGCGUUGUACCCCGAAGGAUCAAACUCGUUACUGGACCAACACUAAAAAUCGUGAUUGCCCAGAUGUUAAGCUCAGUAGAUUCCCCAUUCGAGGUUAGUAAAGUUGUUCUGAGAGCUCCAGGUGAUUCUGUCUUGGAAUGGUUUAAGAAACCUAUAGUUCAAAAGUUCUUAUUAAACGAGAUUCCAUCCCGAGCUGACAUUCUCAUGCACAAGUUGAAUAUAUUAUUCCCCAGUUCUGCACCUGAAAUGCGAUCUUUAUCCCCACCUAGGCCUCUUCUUGGAGGGAAGUCAUCUUGACCUCUGAAGGGCGUGCGUGCUUCUCUUUUCUUGUGCUUGAGCUCCAAGGCUUUCUUUUCAUUGCGCUGUAGGAGUAACCGACAAUUAUCAGUAAAAUGGCUCUUAAUACCUCUUCCGCCUCCUUUCCAUGAAGUAGAAGAUGGUUGUCCCGUUGGAAGAUGGGGGCUUGAUGCCAAGAUUACGAUCAACUUGUUUCCUGUUCCUUUCGUCUGUAGAUCAUGAUCUCACUAAUCAGAAGCUUGAUCAAUUUCUCAGUGUAAUAUCUAGGCACUGUUUCGGUGUUUCCUAUGAUUGUGUAUGGUCGGUAAUUGGAGAUGCAGUUAUUCAACCAGUGGAAGCAUGACUCAUGCCACUCCUGUGUUUCAACCUGAACUUUGUGGUAAGAUCAGCUGGAGAAUCUGGAACAGGAAAAAAUGGCACUCAACAACUGCUCAAUCACACUGAGCGAGUCCAUGUAAGAAAGUGGAAGAUUGUGGUGAAUUUUGUCCUCAAGAAUGUCACACAAAGGCCUUUGUCGAUUCAAUACACAUUUAGGGGGUAUAGUUACAGAACAGUUCCAGAACCUCUUUUGCUUGGAACCUAUUCAGAAGCGCUAUGUAGAAGUGGAAGAGUUGAAGGUAAAAUCGGGGUUUCCUCACGCUGUAGAUUUGAUUUGGAAAAGAUUCAGGAAUUAUGUACAAAAUGCUACCUUUGUCAGAAAUAGAAAGGUUAUGGUCAAAACAUGCUAAUGGAAUGCCGAAACCGCGAAAGAUCAGAUGCUGAACAAAACACUUUGAGUGGAUUCUUCAGACUGAAGCCAAAAGAACCGAUAUUUGAAAGGGAAUACAACAAUCCGAUUUCUUUUGUCAAUUCUAGUAACCAAGAAAGAUUGAAUCUCCUUGAAUCGAUGUCAAGCAGAUGAAUGAGAAAUUGUGAAUGGCUGAAGUGAGAUCACGGGAAAAUUCAUUUCUGGUAUGAAAUAUGUGAAAUAACCAAAUUCUAUUUUCAAUAAAUUUAUUUUCUUUACGCAAA